UCGCCGGGGCAAUAGAGACAUGACUUUUGCCUACUGGAUUUGACUCGGCCCCUCUCGGCUUGAGACUUCCCCCUCUGCGCUGGUGGACUGAGACCGGUGUGUGUGUGUCUUUCUCUCUCUCUUUCUCUCUCUCUCUCUCUCUCUCUGAAGCACUGAUGUGUUGCAGAUUUUCCAGGUUCCAAAAAUGACGAAAAUGAAGGGCAAUCCAUCGAGGGGCCAAGGGGUGUCUUUGUCUUCUGGGAGGCGCAGCCAGGGCGCCCCUGUGAAAAGGCCACGCACGCCGGAAGAACUUGAAGUCGAGGAGGAGCUGGUCCCUGUGGAAGUGGCACAUGCGGCUGCUACGGAGCAGCAUGAAGUGUUUGAGGAGGAGGAGGAGGAGGAGGAAAUGGAUAACCCAGAAGAGGAGGAAGAAGAAUUUGACGAGGAAGAAGAAGGGAGCGAGGAAGGAGUGGAAAAGGAAGAAGAGGAAGAUCCAGAAGUGGAGGGAGACGAGGAAGAGGAGGAAGAUCCAAAAGAGGAGGAAGACGAAGGGAGAACCCAGAAUACUCAGAACACCGUCGAUGUUCUGGCUAAGGUCAAGCAGUCCAUGGAGUACUUUGCUUGCAUGUGGACGAUCACACCACCGUUGAGGACGCCAGAAAGUGCCAAUGUCACAUCGCCACAGACUUGCGUCGCUUCCACUACGGCAGCAGAUGCGGGAUCUGGUGCAAAGUCCAAGAAACAGAAACAAGUCGCGACGAAGAAGUCGAAGGCUGGCAAAGGGAAAACGAAGGUGCAGGAACAACUCCAGGUGCCAAAAGAACUCGCAACUGACACCGAGGCAAAGCGUCUGGCUGCCAUGUGGGAGGAAUUAAAGGAGCUGAACGAAAAGAAACUCGACAACAAUUCCUUUACCCUCCCGAUGUCCUGCCUGAAAAGACCGCCUAAGGAUGAGAGUGGCAAGGGGCCCCUUGAGAUUCGGGAGCCCGACGAGCGGCAUGUUCGGACCAUCAUUGAGUCCAUGAAGAAGAACCCUUUCCCUGACACUCUUCCUCAUGUUGGCUUGAUUGACCCGAAAGAAGUGAGCAGGAAGGAAGACGUGGAUUGGGAGAAGGUAGAAGAAGGCGGGUACAACAUUUUUGUCAUUGGUGGAGGACAUACAAGGGAGGCCAGAGAACGUCUGAGGAGGCUUCACCCAGACACGGAGCAGUUCCAUUAUGCGAACUGCUUUGUUUACGUCGGUCUCACUAACGAGGAGGCUCGUCAGAUUGCACACGAGCAUAAUCACCAGAGAACAAAUCCUCAAUUCCAGGUCUUCAUGCGGUCCAAUGAAGUCUGGGCCCUUCAAAACAAAAUUUUUGAUAUGUGGUUGAAGGGUGACACUCUGAAUCAAAAGCUGAAGGCACCUGCGAUGAAGAAGUCGAAAGGCACCCAGGUGGAGAACGAGGAGGGUGCCUCAGCAGUGAAACCGGUUGCAGAGAAGAAGAAGAAGGAAAAGAGAUUUGAUGUUGCUGAAGCACUUCGUCAAGCGAAUGCUUUUUUCCAUCCUCAUGCUCCGGUAGAGGACGAAAAAAUUGUUGCAGAGCCGCUUGACAUGCCACAGGCGCCCUGGGUUGAGAUGGGAUCUUUGGACGAUGACUCUGUCACUCCUAUUCUCGAGCAGGUGAUCGCAAAGGAGCUGUCGAUUGAAGGGAUGAGGAAGAAAUUUGAGGUGGCGAAGCGCCUGGGUUAUGUGGCGAAAUAUUUUCUGACGGAGACGGGCUCGAGCACGUGGGAGGAGUGCAAAGAACUGUACCCGGUUCACACAACCAAAGAACUCUUGGAGCCAUUUGCCAGUAAUUGGAGGGCUAAGGGAGAUGUCCCGAAGGCUUUAGUGGCACACGUGGACCGCGCCAAGGCAUGGAAGGAGCUCGACGACAAGCGCAAGGCAGAAAUGCGAAGGUCAAGGCAGAGGAUAGCACUGGCUGAAGAAGCUACUGUCCACUUCUCUGACUGGACUGAGAUCAAGCAUGAGGACCGGUCUGGGUUAGUGAAAGUGCUGGAAGGUGACAUGCUUGAUCUGAAGAAUUUGCAGAAUCCUUUGCCCUUCUCUUUGGUCAUCUGCGACUUCCCUUACGGCUUCAAUCUUUCGAUGUUAGCAGAUGACACUCAACCUUUUCCUGAGGACGACAUUGUCCAUGUCCUGCAGAACGUGAAGGAGGUGUGCACAGGGCCACUCUGGACGGUUGCUGGGUUCUGCUCUGUGAACAUGCUCUCUUAUGUCAGGAAUGCCUUUGUGAGGGUUUGCAAUGCAGGCCAGGAGGUGGUCACAUGGUGCAAGCCGAAUGUCAUGAAUACAGGUGACCCUCGUCUUGUCAGCGCAAUCGAGUUCUGUGUGAUUGGUUACUACAGCGUGACUGGUUCACGGGAGGCGGCCCACUACAAUUUCGCCUCUACGGAUCCUUGCCACAACUACCGUCUUUUUGAUGCUGUGAUGAAGAAGAAUUGCUUAGUUGUUGAGAAAAACAGUCGGUGCGUCAUCGGCAUUCGGACGCGCAUUCUCAAUGAUAUUGGACCUACCAUCGACAGAGAAUGCAGGCGUAAGGAAGCCGAAGAGGCCGACAAGUACUACAACUGCGCGUUCGUUGCAGAGGAGGAAGCAACCGGGACGGAUGCACGACCGACAAAUGAGGAGCCGGAGGUCAUCAGUGCGGCGAAAAAAACUGCAGCGUCCCAGGCGGCAGGAACUGCAGCAACAGGAACAGCAGCUGCAGCAACAGACGCGGGGGUAGUAGCAGAGGGUGCAGCAGCUGCCGCAACAGCAGCGACAGUGACAGUAACAGCAGCAGCUGCAACAACAGGACCAGCAACAGCACCAGCAACAGUACCAGCAUCAGCAGCACAGCGCAGGCAAGGGUCGUGUAUAGAACCUGGGGCCAGCCAGGACUUGUCAGUAGGAACCACCACACGGGGGGCAAGGAAGAGGAAGCAGGCCGCCGCCGCUGAAGAGGUUACUAGCCCAAGGGCGAAAACGCAUGUGAUUGCGCUGAGCUCGAGAGCAACCUCGGAUGCUCUUACACGGGAUGCUGGCGGUAGUGCCAACUAACAGCUCUUUGCAACAGAGUAACGUUGUUGGAUUUAUAGUUCUAUAAACAUAGGCGAGGACUUGCAUGACCUGAAAUUUGUUUAUAGUUCUAUAAAUAAUGUUGAAGAUAGUGAAGCGGUGCAGCAUCCUGCCUCUUGUUUUUGUUCUUCCCACUCCAUCCCCUCGACUGCCGAGAGAGAGAGAGUGAGUGAAUGAGACAGAGAGAGAUCCUAGUGUGUGUGUGUGUUUGUGUGAGAGAGAGGGAGAGAGAGGGAGAGAAUGAGAGAGAGAGAGAGAGAGAGAGAGAGAGAGAGAGAGAGAGAGAGAGAGAGAGAGAGAGAGAGAGCAGCUCUGUGCAACAGACUAACGUUGUCGUACUUAGACUUUAUAGUUCUAUAAACAAAGUGAGAACUUGCAUAACCUGAAAUCUGUUUAUAGUUCUAUAAACAAAGUUGAAGAUAGUAAAGCGCUGCAGCAUCC